AUGUCAGGAAUUCCCGUUCUUCUUGUCACUGCUAAUGUUGGCAGUAUUUUUGAAGAGCCUGGACUAAUGUUAAAAACUUGGACCGAGGAAUUUUUAUCAACAGUAUCUCGAUUGGAUCCCAAAUUUAUAGCAUUACACUGCCAAGAAGUGGGUGGAAAAAAUUAUGAACAGAGUAUGCGUCAUGUAGAAAAUUUUGUCAGAUUGCUGAUGUCUUCUGAAGAAUUAAGACUAUUCGACCGAGUGACUGUAUUCUUAGAUGAAGACUUUUCUUCUGCUGAACACUUUACGGCCCUCGGAAAUUUUUAUUUCGUUCAUGAGUCACUUAAAGACGUCCUCAUAUGGGAUUUUCAAGCAUACAAAUUUGUGGUUGUUUCUGGCAAAGAAGUGCAUUCUGGAAAUAUCGAAUCAGUGCCAACCAAAGAAAAAGCUAAAUUUCCUCAAAACUUCUUCCCCGAGUGCAAAUGGUCCAGGAAAGGAUUUUUACGUACCCGAUGGAGUAUAAGUGGAACAGUAUUCGAUCUUAUAAACAUUCAUUUGUUUCAUGAUGCGAGUAAUUUCAUCGCUAUGGAGUCUUUUCCAUCAGUGUAUAGCAAAACACGACGAAAGGCAUUGGAACAUACAUUAGAUAAAUUUCACAAUGAUCAGUAUCCAAAUGUUCCAUAUUUUUUAUUCGGUGAUUUUAAUUUCCGUACCGACACAGCGGGUGUUAUAAAAAAACUUACUGAAAAUACCCAUGAAAGUAAGUUAUCAUCCAAAGGAAGUAUUUCAAAGUUACAAUUCCGAAAUGAAGAUGACAACUUAAUAUUAACAUUAGGUAAAAAAGAAUUUUCUCAUUGCGAACAUGGACAUGUUUUUACCGAAAAUAGUGGUCAAUGGUUACGAGAAUACGACCGUGAACUUGAAGAUUUUGAAGGUAGAUUAUUUGAAUUUCCUAUUGAAUUUGUGCCAAGUUAUCCUUUCGAAGAGGAUAUUAGUCAAGGAAGUAAUUUUAUGCAGACCAGAGUACCUGCUUGGUGUGAUAGAAUACUAUUAAGUCCUCCAGCAAAAUCAUUAAUUAAUUCACUUGAUAUGGUUAAGUACGGAAUCAUUGGAGCAAAUACAUGCAUGGGUGACCAUAAGCCUGUCUAUCUGCGGAUUUUGAUAACUUCGAAUGCAGGUAUGAUAAAUUGUUGUUUGUCAUGUCCACACUUGUGUUUUCAAGUGCCCAAGCAUUAUUUGGAGUUAUUAUCAAUGUUGCCUGGCUAUCGUAGUAAUUAUUCAAAUUUACAAUACACUGAUGACUAUUCAUCACCUAAGCUUUUGCACGCAUUAAUGAUUGAGCAUGAUCCAUAUACUCCGGACAGCAUGGAUAGUCCAAGUCCCAGUGCAUUUUUGACCUUAAUGGAACCAGAUACUCAAGACUACGAACACAAAAAUAAUCAUAGUAAAAAAAAAUCAUCCAAUGAAAAAACAUUCAAGAUGGCAGUAUCACCGACUCUUCUUAAAACUAAGUUAGAAUUUAUUCGGAAUGAACAAAAAGCACAACAGAAACAAAACUCGAAAAAUGUUAUCAAAUUCCGAUUCAAUUCCUGGCCAAAAACUUACCAAUAUAAGCAUCACUGUAAGAUGAAGAAAUAUCGAAGCAACAGCGACAUUUCGUGGCAAACAUUAACGUGGCGAACCGACGAAAAAUCGGAACCUUGCAGAAUAUCUUCUUUUAAAAGACAAUCUCUAAGUCAUAUUAUUAUACCGAAAAUAGCUAUUAUUAAUGCAAGUAACUUUCAAUCAAAUGAAAGCUCAGUGCAUUUACAAGAAGAAAGAUUAUAUAAUUUUAUCAGAAAUAAAUCCAUUAGUAAAGAUGCAACGAGUAACGAAGGUUCUAGCUUGGAACUUGAUGAUGACAACGGUAAAGCUUACUCUCAAAACCAAAAUAAUAGGGUUGGUAACAUGCUAGAUGUUGAAGAUAACUUUUCACACAUCGAAUCGCUGAUAGUAUCUUCAAAUGAAACAAGUUCAACCUAUCCUUUAGAUCUAAAUGACUUUGGAAGUAUAAUUGAUAAAAACAAUAGGUUUGAAAUAGACGAUUUGGAAAAAAUUUCUGGAAUUAUUUCAAAUAUUCCAACUAUAAUUUCUUCUUCCGAACAAAACUUAACUUUAAAUAAAGUUAAAAGUAAUUCGAUACACAUACAAGAAAGUUAUAAUGAGAAUCAAAUGAAAAAUAAAUCAAAAACGAAGAAAAUUACUCAAGAGCGCUUCAUAAAUGUACAAAAGUGUAAAAAGUGUUGUUGUGUUCCACGUACAGUAGUCUCGAUCGAUUCAAAUGAAAGAAGAUAUCAUAAAUUUCAAAAUACAUCGAUCGAUCGAAAUUUCAAUGGAGUUGGCCCUAUUUUAAGUCAAAAAGCUAAAAUUAUAUCAUCUCAAUUUGAUGAAAGACAUGGAGAUAAAAGCGUACAAGAAAUUAAACAAUUUGUUGCUCGGUUACCAUAUAUGCUUGCAACGAAACAAUCUUUAGCACGUCAUACAACCAUAGCUGAAAUGGUUAAAGAAGUAACAGACUCUGAUGAUUUUCUUGAGCGCCUUCAAGUAGAACAAGAAUUACUAAAUUGUAUUGAUACCGAUAAACCAAAUUCAUACAUCGAAGAUUGUAUAUCACAGAAAAAACCUUUACUAACAGUUCUCAGGCUUAUUUGUAUUCAAUCUUUAACUAAUUCUGGCUUAAAACCAAAACUUCUUGAUUAUUAUAAAAGAGAAAUUAUUCAGACAUAUGGUUAUCAGCAUAUUUUAACGUUAUCUAAUCUCGAAAAAGCAAAUUUACUGCGUGUUCAACAGUCUAAUAGGCAGUAUGCAGUUUUAAGAAAAGCUUUAAGACUUACAGUUGAAGAUGAGAGUGAAGUCGCACCAAAAGAUAUUAGUUAUGUGCAUUCAGUGUAUGCGCCUCUAAGUAUACGAUUAACAGAACGUUUAAUCCAACCGGGUGGAUGGCAAGGUUUAAAUGAUAUUUUAGGUUUAUUACCUGGUCCAUCGAUAAAUAAUGAUUCACAAGGGAAAAUACCUAAUCUCAGACGGCAAUCGAUCACAAGUGAAGAUUCUAAUUCAGAACCAUCCCGACUCGUUUUGGUAUUCUUCAUUGGUGGUUGCACUUACGCUGAAAUAUCAGCAUUAAGAUUUUUAUCUCAACAAGAAGAUCUUAACGUUGAAUUUAUUGUUGGAACCACGAAACUAAUCAAUGGAGAUAGUUUUCUUAUGUCUCUAACUGAUAAUCAACAAAAGCCAAAAAAAUAA